AUGCAGAGGAUGAUGUAUCAGACGGACAGUAAGAACGAUGCAGAAGAGGAGAGCAGAACUCCAGGGUCAACUGUAAAGGGAAAAAAAAUUCUGCAGAUUGGUGGGCUUGGUACUUUUACGGAGUACACUGUGGUUCAACAAAUUAACUUGGCUAAGAUCCACCCUGACGCUCCCCUGGAUAAAGUGUGUCUCAUCGGCUGUGGGAUUUGCACUGGAUAUGGAUCAGCUGUUAACACAGCUAAGGUAGAGGAGGGCUCCACCUGUGCUGUGUUUGGCCUGGGAGCUGUGGGUCUUGCUGCAGUUAUGGGCUGUAAGGCGGCAGGAGCCAAGAGGAUUAUUGCUGUGGACACAAACCCUGAGAAGUUUGAGAAAGCCAAGAUUUUUGGAGCCACUGACUUUGUGAACCCCAAGGACCACAGCAAACCCAUCCACGAGGUUCUGGUGGAGAUGACCAACGGAGGAGUGGACUUCUCCCUGGAGUGUGUGGGGAAUGCAUCUGUCAUGGUGGGUAGUUAGAAAUAACUUCAACUUCACUUUUCUCUG